ACCCUGACGCCGCGAGUGCCGCGAGUGCCGCGACUCUCGUGAAACGGGUUUGGUUCGACGCGGCAAAACAGCGGCAACGAGUCAACAGAUAGUUUUCCUCGACGUGGAGAAAAGUUUGGUGUUGCCCGAGUGAAAUCGAGAAACGAUACUUCGGCGUGAUUGUCAUAAAUAUGUCGUGCUAGUGCCGUAAAUGUCAAACACGAUGAGCUUCUCCAGCGAUGAGGUCAACUUUUUGGUCUAUCGAUACCUGCAAGAAUCCGGUUUCCAACAUUCUGCAUAUACCUUUGGCAUAGAGUCACAUAUAUCGCAAAGCAACAUCAAUGGAGCUUUAGUGCCACCAGCAGCUCUCUUAUCCAUACUUCAAAAAGGAUUACAGUAUACAGAAGCAGAAAUAUCUAUAGGUGAAGAUGGUACUGAGCAGAGAAUGGUAGAAUCGUUAUCUCUUAUCGAUGCUGUCAUGCCAGAUGUUGUCGCGACACGACAGAAUCAAAUCAAUCAACAAAAACAGCAAGUGAAAGCCGAGGGUCAAGAUACGAAUGGCGAAGAAGUUGUCCCAUCUAAUGAAGGUGUAAGCAAUAAUGAUCGGGGUGGCGACAGAGGAACGGAGAUGGAAGUGGACGAACAGACUGGAGCGACGACAGGAUCCAACGUCAGUGCCGUUGAAAUCCCUGCCAAUAAGGCUACAAAAUUACGCGGCCACGAAUCAGAAGUGUUUAUCUGCGCCUGGAAUCCGACUACUGAUCUUUUGGCUUCUGGUUCGGGUGACAGUACUGCGCGCAUCUGGGACAUGUCAGAUAAUUCGCUAACACCCAAUCAAUUAGUUUUGCGUCAUUGUAUUCAAAAAGGAGGCACAGAAGUGCCGAGCAAUAAAGACGUUACAUCAUUAGAUUGGAAGUGCGAUGGAACGUUACUCGCAACAGGAAGUUACGACGGAUAUGCCCGUAUUUGGACAACUGACGGGCGAUUGGCGUCCACAUUGGGUCAGCAUAAAGGUCCGAUCUUCGCGUUGAAGUGGAAUAAACGUGGCAACUAUAUUUUAAGCGCCGGCGUCGAUAAAACGACCAUUAUCUGGGACGCCGAAAGUGGACAGUGUACACAACAGUUUAGUUUCCAUUGCGCACCCGCUUUGGACGUCGAUUGGCAGACGAAUACAUCAUUCGCCAGUUGUUCCACAGAUCAAUGUAUACACGUGUGCAAACUCAAUGUGGAUAAGCCAAUUAAGAGCUUCCAAGGACACACAAAUGAAGUCAAUGCGAUCAAAUGGGAUCCACAGGGAAACUUGCUGGCCAGUUGUUCAGAUGAUAUGAGUUUAAAAAUCUGGUCUAUGAAGCAAGACACAUGGGUACAUGAUUUACAGGCACAUAGUAAAGAAAUUUAUACUAUCAAAUGGUCUCCGACUGGUCCAGGAACACACAAUCCGAAUAUGAAUUUAACUUUGGCUAGCGCGUCGUUCGAUUCUACUGUUAGACUGUGGGAUGUGGAGAGAGGUGUAUGCAUACAUACCCUUACAAAGCACACCGAGCCAGUCUAUAGUGUAGCAUUUAGUCCGGAUGGGAAGUUUCUCGCUAGCGGUAGUUUCGACAAAUGUGUUCAUAUAUGGUCGACUCAAAGCGGCCAAUUGGUGCACAGUUAUAAAGGCACGGGCGGCAUUUUCGAAGUCUGCUGGAAUAGUCGCGGUGAUAAAGUCGGUGCAUCGGCAUCCGAUGGCAGUGUAUUUGUUCUUGAUCUUCGUAAAUUAUAAUUAUAUGGUCGUUAUAGAAGGAAUAUUUUCAUCGAUUUGCGGCAAUUUCGUUAGAAUUUGAGAUUAUAUCAGCCGUUCAACUUUAUCUUAUUCUUUCACUUUUCUAUUAUACGGGAUGAUCCAUAAUAUCAUAAAUGCGCUAUUCACACAAGACUUUUUAUGUAACAGUAUCUUGCUAGAGAUAUGCAACGACGAAAUCUCAAUUGCAAUUGUAUUUUUGCGACGAAAUUUGUGGAUAUCUUUCGUGUUUUAUUUGUAUUCUUCAUUGCAAUAAGAUUUAUAGACUUCAACCAUGAUAUAAAAUUAUAAGGUUUUUUAGAAAUGUUUUAGUUAUAUAUUCAAGUAUUUAAUAUAGACAAA